AUGGCCUGGGGACUGGAUAACGGCACGUUCUUAGAUGCCUUCGCCCGUUUUACCACUCGUCGUGGAGUUCAUAAAGACGUGACAAGCGACAGAGGCAAAAAUUUCAUGGGCACAGAGGGUGAGUUAAAGAAACUAGUCCGCCAGUUAGACCGAAAACAUCUUCAGAACAAGACAGUCGAACUUGGAGUGACAUGGAGAUUCAAUCCACCGGCUGCCCCACAUUUUGGAGGAGCCCAUGAAAUAAUGGUGAAAGCUACUAAGAAAUCCACGCACGCCGUUGUUGGAGAACGGGACGUGAACGACGAGGAGUUAAUCACAGUGUUCGCAGGGGUGGAUUCCCUUCUUAAUUCCCGUCCGUUGACUUAUCAGAGUUCAGAUCCACGAGACGAUGUCCCAUUGACACCUAACCAUUUCUUGCAAGGCCAAAUGGGAGGACAGUUCGCUCCUGAGGCCGUUUAA